AUGGCGCUGUGUCAAAACAGAUUGCAAGAGGAAAGGAAGCAGUGGCGACGAGACCAUCCUUUCGGUUUCUAUGCCAAGCCUCAGCGCACCAAAGAAGGUAUUCUCGAUGUCAAGAACUGGGAAUGCGGAAUACCUGGAAAGGACAAUACGAUUUGGUCUGGUGGUCUUUUCAAGCUGACCAUGGUUUUUCCUGAUGAAUAUCCCACAAAGCCUCCCAAAUGCAAAUUUGUUCCCCCGCUGUUCCACCCGAACGUCUACCCGUCAGGUACUGUGUGUUUGUCCAUUCUGAACGAAGAGGAGGCAUGGAAGCCUGCCAUCACCAUCAAGCAAAUCCUGCUUGGUAUCCAAGACCUCCUCAACGACCCUAAUCCCGAGUCUCCUGCUCAGGCGGAGGCGUACAACUUAUUCAAGAAGGAUCGCGCCGAGUACGAGAAGCGAGUUCGUCGAAUAGUCCGCGAAAACCCCACUCCUUGA